AUGACAAUUGUUUCACGCGUGAAAAAGAAGAAACAUGAAAGUUCUAUAUGGCAAAUUAUUCUAUUACUACUGGUAUUACCUUCAGUUCUCCGAGCUAAAAAUACCCUGGAGUGUAACGAUUUCGUUAAAAAUGAUAAAUGCACAUGUUAUAUAUUUGAAGAAGCUAUAUUUUUAGACUGUCAAGACUCAAAUACAAAAGAAAUAAAAAAUACGCUCAAGAGGGUUAUGAAUGUACAUUCCUUAUCCAUAUAUGACUUAGAUGACACAGAAGAAGUUUUGGGACCACAUUUUUUACCAUUUGGCAUUUGCAUUAAACAUAUACAUUUAUCAAGAACAAAUAUUAGAAUAAUCGAUGAUGAGACGUUCGCGACAUUAAGACAGUGCCUUGAAACGUUAAGUAUUAUGUCAAAUUUAGCCAACUUAAAAGAACUCAAUGUGUUAUACUUGGGAUUUAACAAUAUCAAAUAUAUAUCAGUAACAGCUUUCAAUAAUUUAAAUAAAAUAAUACAAAUAGGUUUAGAACAUAAUAAACUUCACAUGAUACCGAUAGAAUUGUUCUUAUCAAUUGAGACACAUAUUCAAGAUAUUUCAAUAAAAGAUAACGUUAUAAUUUGUAGUUGUCAAAAAAAUAAUACAUGGACGUGGAUUCAAGAUCAUCCAAAAAUAAUACAGACAAAUGAUGUGACCUGCCAUAACGAUGAAUAUCCCAAAGAAAAAUGCGAUUUUCCAAUAUUGACUCAAAUGUCUAUUGACAAACACAAAGAUAACUCAGUAUCAAUUUCGUGGUUUAUUCGUAACCGUACAGCUGUUAAAUCCUUACAGAUUUUGUAUUAUGAUGAUGACUUGAACUCAGGCGUGACCUACAGGUAUAUUGAUAAAACUGAGACAUCAACUUUAAUAUCAGAUCUAAAGCCAAGUAGAAAUUAUAUAAUAUGUAUAUUAACUUUAGAUCGGCAUCCUUUAACGCAGACAAUUGAAGAGGAAAUAACUACUUUGACUAAUUUCAGUAGUGACAUUAAUUUUACUUCUAAUAUGAGUCGUAGCGUAGCUGCAAUAUUAAUUUCGCAGUCUUCUUCGAGUGAAUGCAUUUCUUUUGAUACAUUCUCGAAGCAAACAGUGAAAUUAAGUUACAAUAAAAAUUUUAAUUUAUCGACUAUUCUAAAUCGUAGAAUGGGCUUAAUUGUUGGUUGCUCUUUAGGAUUUGUAGUAUUUUUUAUCAUGGUAUCCGUCUUAUUAUAUACCAAAAUUAAAGAACGAAAACGAAUAGCUAAAUCUGACCCAGCGUGGUCAGAAAUGAAUGACUAUCAUUCAAUACAAAGUAAAGAAGAUAUUCUACAGCACUCUAUUACUGCAUCUACUGAUAAUAUUUUGUUAGGAAUAGCAAAGAAUUGA